AAUUUUUGGUCCAAUGAUGCUGAAAUAAUUUAACUCGAAUUAGGGGCCUGGAAACGAGUGUAUUGUUUGAUCAGUUACCGUUCUAGCAAUUGAACAAUAUACAAUAGUAUUUCCAAGUCAAAGCACUUCGAUUUUUUUUCAGACUGGUUGUGUACGUGCAAGUUAUCGGUACCUCGAACGAGACGGCGAACACAAAGGCCUGCGAAUGUAGCAUUAGCACGUUUAGAAGGGGGCAGACGGGAGGUAAACAAUUAUUACAAUCAUUGCUUGCACCUUUUAAGUGGCAACGUGACUUUAGAUUUGGAUAUUUUAUAUAUUUUGUCGAUAUUCUCCUACCUGGCAUGCUCACAUUUGACAAUAUUUAGCUAGCAAGCUAUAUGCGGGCCUGCUCUGAAAAUUAGAUUACUACCUAGCACAUUUCAGCUGACAUUCAAAACAAUAUUUUACGAGCAGGUUGGCAUUAUAUAAGUCAAAUUUAACUACCUAUAUAUUGGAACUUGUUUGUUAGAAGCCUGUUAAUUACUUUGAGUCCUUAUGUCUUGCCUUGAACAGGCAUAUCUGGGCAAAAAACAUCCAAUGUAGCAUAAUCAACGACAAAACAUGUUUAUAUUCAUCACAUGCUUAACGUUAGUGUUAUAGUUGUCACCCAGACACACAGUACAGUUCACCACCCCUUUAUUAUCUGGAGUAUCAGCCCAGCUCAGGCACCUUGGCAGAAUGUACCCAAUGGAUCCAGAGAGGCAAAGUCACCAGAGGGAGUAUGAAGAACCAGAGACAUGCAGUCAGCGGAAGGAGUAUGAAGAACCAGAGACAUGCAGUCACCAGAGGGAGUAUGAAGAACCAGAGACAUGCAGUCACCAGAGGGAGUAUGAAGAACCAGAGACAUGCAGUCACCAGAGGGAGUAUGAAGAACCAGAGACAUGCAGUCACCAGAGGGAGUAUGAAGAACCAGAGACAUGCAGUCACCAGAGGGAGUAUGGAGAACCAGAGACAUGCAGUCACCAGAGGGAGUAUGGAGAACCAGAGACAUGCAGUCAGCAGAUGGAGUAUGGAGAACAAGAGAGAUGCAGUCAGAGGGAGUAUGGAGAACCAGAGACAUGCAGUCAGCUGAUGGAGUAUGGAGAACCAGAGACAUGCAGUCAGCUGAUGGAGUAUGAAGAACCAGAGAGAUGCAGUCAGCGGAGGGAGUAUGGAGAACUAGAGGGAUGCAGUCAGCGGAGGGAGUAUGGAGAACCAGAGAGAUGCAGUCAGCGGAGGGAGUAUGGAGAACCAGAGAGGCGCAGUCAGCGGAGGGAGUAUGAAGAACCAGAGACAUGCAGUCAGAGGAGGGAGUAUGAAGAACCAGAGACAUGCAGUCAGCGGAGGGAGUACAGAGAACCGAGUUCAGGGCAAUGGGACGAUGGCCUUGAGACGAGAGGCAACGGCCAGGCUAUAGCCAGAGAUCUCUACAGUGAAUACUCCAGCAUGAGGAGGACUAGAGAAGAUUGGGAGGACUAUGGUGCUUCCUCUGAUAUGAGCUACAUAAUGGACCCAUCGUCCAGAGACUGGAGCGAAGGCUCAUUGAGGGGUAGUGGUGCUCCCUUCUCCCCAGACACAGAUGGGGACGUUGAUGGAGAUCCUGUGGAGCUCCUUCGGAACAGGAUGGAGCUGGAGAUCAUCGAGGAACAGAUUGCCCUUAAAAAAGCUGUUCUUGCCAUGGAAUUGGUUGGGCCUGAAUCAAAGGCCAUCUGUAAACAGAAGACGAAGGACAAGGACCUUGAAGUGUUAACAACAAAUGUUUCCAAUAACGAUGUUACUCUUAAAGAGAGGGUGAAUUGCAUUUUGAGAAAGCGGGCAUGGACCAAUGAAUGUCGCUCAAAGGAGGCUGCCAACCAGAAGGUCCCUCCCAAGCUUGUUCUCCAUCCGCCCAAAGUGGUCAAAAGCUUUGUGGAACGGAUGAACGAGUCCAUCCUGCACAAAGACAGCAGAUUGAAGGGCAGCCUUACCCUGGACGUCCAUGAAGAGGAACAUCCUCUGAAACUCAAAGUGGAGGCUUUAUUGGCACAGCGACACAAUCCCACGGUGAAUAAGGAGGACAAAGCAGCCAAGGGCUUCCAGCACUUCCUUGAUGUCCUCAACAAAGGGGUGGACAUCGACAGGCUCUCAAAGAUUGUCAACAAUUUCAAGGAUUUACCCUCUAAGGAGAAAGAGGAGAGCGAGAAAGAUAAAGAGGAGAGCGCAUGCUCAAGUAAAUGUCACAGUAUUACCUUGUUAUCAGAUAGCUCCAACUCCAGCCCUCCUUGCCAUCGGUGGACCGCAAAAUACAAACGCUCUAGCACCAGAGACCAGGACCGAGACAGAGACAGAGACAGGGGCAGAUCUGAGAGAAACAGAGACAGGCGCUCAAGCACCAGAGACCAGGACAGAGAGAGAGACAGAGACAGGGGCAGAUCUGAGAGAGACAGAGACAGACGCUCAAGCACCAGAGACCAGGACAGAGAGAGAGACAGAGACAGGGGCAGAUCUGAGAGAGACAGGGGCAGAUCUGAGAGAGACAGAGACAGGGGCAGAUCUGCGAGAGACAGACGCUCAAGCACGAGAGACCAGGACAGAGAGAGAGACAGAGACAGGGGCAGAUCUGAGAGAUACAGAGACAGACGCUCAAGCACCAGAGACCAGGACAGAGAGAGAUACAGAGACAGACACUCAAGAACCAGAGACCAGGACAGAGAGAGAUACAGAGACAGACGCUCAAGCACCAGAGACCAAGACAGAGAGAGAGACGGGGGCAGAUCUGAGAGAGACAAGGACAGAGAGAGAUGGUGGGAGCGAGACAAAGAGUGGGAUGGGGACAAGGAAAGCUUCCGGGGGCUUUACCCAUACUCCAACGAUCCUACACACCCUCCUGCAUCUUUGAUGGCAACCGACCCAGUGCAGUACUCUCAGUACAUGGCAUACCACGGCAGCCCCUACGCCAGCGCCUUCCCUCCAGGGUGUAGCUUUCCCCCUGGUACCGUGUUCCCUAGUACCAUGCCCCCGAGUACCGUGCUCCCUGGUACAGUGCCCCUCCCUAACCCCCUUGGGUAUCCACUGUACCCCAACUGCCCACCUUCUUACUAUAGUGGCCCUUCAGAAAGAUUUUUCCAGCCAUACACACAGGCCACUGGAAACCCUCAGUUCACAAACAUGGAUGUACAAGUGCAGGACCCAUAUGCAUCCCUGAGCAUCCCUGAACAGGAAAUAGAGACUGUGUGGCCCAGACUUGUCCAUCCCAGCAUAAACCAAGACUCAAAGCCUGCCGGACUAAACCGUUUGAGUAUAAAAGCGCAACUGAAGAGGGAACGCUAUCGGAUUAACUUGAUUAAUCGCAGAAAUAUACAAGAAUUGAGGCAGCUUAAAGAAACUCCUCUGGUGGCUGCCAAGGAGCCCGGUACAAAGAAAGUGCCAGAUGGAGAUGCAGUCAUAGAAGGGGAGAAACUGCAUUUUGUGGUCCCUCCGGUGGCUACAACGUAUUCUGGGGGACCCUGUAGAACAGGAUUCCCAAAUAGAAAAGGGAGAAAGGGGAAAACACUGGAAGAAAAAGGAGGUUUAUUCAACCAAGGUUUAUCCAUGAGAAACAGAGCCUAUUUUACAAGGUGGAAACUGCGUUUGGCGGAAGCGGUUGCAAAAGGCCUUGAGGUCCCCUCUGAACCAGAGCCCAAGACGGCGCCAGAAGCGAAGGACAAAUCAUUGAUAGAAUGGCAGAGGCUGUUUGCAGACUCUGUGGUGAAUGUGGCUGCAACGGACCUAUCUGCCCUUUCUGAACCCGAGGCUGAGAAAAAGCCAGACUGGGAGACCGAGCAGAAAAGGACCGACGAAGAGAUGAAGGUGAAAUUAAAGAAAAAGCUUGGCGAGUUCAACCUGAAGAUGAAGCAGAAAUUGACGCAUUUAAAAGAAGUCCCAUCAGAAGCCCCAACAUAACCUGAAAGGGCGGCUGUUGUAGUGCGUCAUGAGCUCACCUCCCCUUCGAACCUGCUGCUGACCCAUCCAGACCCCGUGAACAUACUUUGGCUAACAUUCUCUUUAUCUAAUAUACACUCACUGGCCAGUUUAUUAGGUACAUAACGGGUCGGAUACUCCUUUUCCUCCAGAACGGCCUGAAUUGUUCGGGGCACUCUACAAGUUGUCUGAAACGUUCCACAUGGAUGCUGGUGCGAUGGCAUCACGCAGUUGCUGCAGAUUGGACGGCAAUACAUUCAUGCUGCAAACAGCCCAUUCCAUCUCAUCCCAAAGAUGCGGUACUGGGUUGAGGUCUGAGGACUGCACAGGCCACUCAAGUAAACUGAACUCGAUUGUCCAGUGUUGAUGAUCACAUGCCCACUGGAGCUGCUGCUUCUUGUUUUUAGCUGUGGAACCCGGUGUGGUCGUCUGCUGCAAUAGCCCAUCCGUGACAAGGAUCGACAAGUUGUUCAUUCUGAGAUGCUGUUCGGCACACUGCCAUUUUUGUCUGUUUGUGGCCCGUCUGUUAGCUUACACGAUUCUUGCCAUUCUCUUUUGACCUCUCAUCAACGAGUUGUUUUCGCCAACAGGACUGCUGCAGAAUGGAGUUUUUUUGUUUGUUUGUUGCAUCAUUCGCAGGGUAGUCUAGUGGUUAGAGUGUUGGACUAGUAACCGGAAGGUUGCAAGUUCAAACCCACGUGCUGACAAGGUACAAAUCGGUUGUUCUGCCCCUGAACAGGCAGUUAACCCACUGUUCCUAGGCCGUCAUUGAAAAUAAGAAUUUGUUCUUAAACUGACUUACCUAGUUAAAUAAAGGUAAAAUAAAUUAUCGGUUAACACUAGACACUGUUCUGCCUGAAAAGCCCAGGAAGGUGGCCAUUUCUGAGAUACAGGCGUGUCUGGCACCGACGAUCAUAACAUGCUUAAAGUCGCUUAGUUCAGUUGUUUUGUACAUUCUAACGUUCAAUGGAACAGUAACUGAAUGCUUCAAUCCCUGUCUCCCUGCUUUAUAUAGCAAGUCACGGCCACGUGACUCACUGUCUGUAAGAGCGAUCCAUUUUCGUAAAUGGGGUGGUGUACCAAAUUAACUGGCCGAUGAGUGAGUUGUUUUGGGAGUAUCUGUUCUUUAUUUGACUAUUUUUAUUUUUGACAACUUUUACUUUUACUUUGCUACAUUCGUAAAGAAAAUAAUGUACUUUUUACUCAAUACAAUUUCCCUGACACCAAAAUGUACUCAUUACAUUUUGAAUACCUAGCAGGACAGGAAAACAUGUGAAGUGCUGAAGAAAAAAGAAAUCCAGGAAAUGUUCCAUAUGCACACAUUUGUUUACAUCCCCUGUUAGUGAGCUUUUCUCCUUUGCCAAGAUAAUCCAUCCACCUGACAGUUGUGUCAUAAAGAAGCUGAUUAAACAGCAUGAUCAUUACACAGGUGCACCUUGUGCAGGGGACAAUAAACGGACACUUUUGUCACACAACACAAUGUCGCAGAUGUCUCAAGUUUUGAGGGAGAAUGCUGACUGCAGGAAUAUCCACCAGAGCUCUUGCCAGAUAAUUUAAUGUUGAUUUCUCUACCAUCUCCGUCGUUUUAGAGAAAUUGUCAGUACGUACAACCGGCCUCACAACCGCAGACCACGUGGGGGGUGCUGUGGAGCGUUUCUGUCUGUAGUGAAGCCCUUUUGUGGGGGAAAAAAAAUAUUUCUGAUUGGCUGAGCCUGGUGGUGGGUGGCUCUGGCUGCCAAGUGGGUGGGCCUAUGCCCUCCAAGGCCCAACCAUGGCUACACCUCUGCCCAGUCAUGUGAAAUCCAUAAAUGAGUGCCUAAUGAACUUAUUUCCUUAUAUGAACUCUAACCCAGUAAAAACAUAGGAAUUGUUGCAUGUUGCUAUUAUAUUUUUGUUCAGUAUAAUAAUACCACCAUAGGUUUGUCUUUUGGCCAUAUCCUCUGAGGAUUCAUAUUGAAGUUUUUUUUCAGUGUACUGUAUGUUCAGAUUGCUUUUAUGGCAUGGGCAGUACCAGGAGGUUGUUUUAGUUAUAAAAACCAGGAAACUGUCUAACUAUUUUCAAUCCCAAGCUUAUAGAUCCUGUUUCAUUUUGUAUAUAUUUAACUGAAUAAACUGCUUUCUUUGUA